AUGCUUAACUGGUUGUCUCCGGACGAGUUUGGUAAGGAAAAUGUUGCACAAGCUAUGGGACGAAGACGAAGAAGAUCGGGAAGGGUUCAAUUGGAAUCCAAAGUUCUUGUAGAUGAAAAAGCAGAGAAAUGGAUAAAGCACUAUAGCAGUUCUCACAAUAUUUUGCUAGUUGGUGAGGGAGACUUCUCCUUUGCCGCAAGCUUAGCAGAAGCAUUUGGAUCUGCGUCAAAUAUGGUUGCCACCUCUCUUGACUCUAAAGUGGCGAACCUGAAGAAACUGGAGGAUUAUGGGUGCACCAUUGUGCAUGAAGUGGAUGCCAACACCAUGAGCCAACAUCCUCUUCUCAAAGUGAAAGCAUUUGACAGAAUUGUAUUUAAUUUUCCUCAUGCUGGUUUAAAUUACUUCAUGUGUGAACACAGCAUGGUCCAAAUUGAGCUUCAUCAGAAUGUUGUUAAGGGAUUCUUGAUGAAUGCACGUGAUAUGUUAACAGAGAAUGGUCAAGUGCACGUGACUCAUAAGACAUCGUACCCGUUUACUUUGUGGGAAAUAACAAAACUAGCAGAGGAGGGUGGGUUGCAGUUGGUGGAAGAAGUGCCUUUCACCAAAUGGGAUUAUCCAGGAAUGGCGUCCAAAGUUUUUGUGGAAGAUAAAGCAGAGAAAUGGAUAAAACACUACAACAGUUCUCACAAGAUUUUGCUUGUCGGUGAGGGAGAUUUCUCCUUUUCAGCAUGCUUAGCAAAAUUAUUUGGAUCUGCGUCAAAUAUGGUUGCCACCUCUCUUGACUCUAAAGAGGCAUUAGGGGAAAAGCAUCCUACUGUGGUGACCAACCUAAAGAAACUGGAGGACUAUGGGUGCAACAUUGUGCAUGGAUUGGACGACUGCACCAUGAGCCAACACCCUCUACUCAAUCUGAAAACAUUCGAUAGAAUUGUAUUUAAGUUUCCUCAUGUUGGUUUCCUCUUGUCUGAACACGGCAAGCUCCUAACAAAAGGUGGAGAAGUGCACGUGACUCACAAGACAGCACAUCCUUUCAGUAUGUGGAACAAAGAGAGGUUAGCAGAGGAGGCUGGGUUGCACUUGGUUGAAGAAGUAUACUUCACCACACGGGAUUACUCGGGUUAUGAAAAUAAAAGAGGAGAUGGGUAUAGAAGCAAUGAUACCUUCCCUGUUGGACAAUGCAGUACAUUCAAAUUUUAUAAGUGA